UUGAGUUGUUAACCCAGUUGUAUGCGUGUGUAUAUCUAGCAUCGAAGCAAGGAAAAUAAACAAUUGAAUUUCCUUGGAAUACCUAGGAAUUGGAUUUCAAGAUCUUGAGUUCUGUUUACGCCACUAUGUCCGCCUACUACAGCCAUUACACGGGGGACAACUACGACGACGAGUCGAUCGGUGACGAGCGCAGCGAGGAAGACACGGACGACGCCAGCGAGACGGAGUUCCGCAGUCCCAGUCGCUACGGCGGCACUAAUGGCACCACCAACAGCAAUAUCAUGGGCACCAAUAGUGAACUAAAGGAACAAAUGUACCAGCACAAGCUGCUUAACUUGCAGAAGCAGAUGGAGGAACUGGGCCAACUGGUGCACCCGGAGUACAUAAAGCGCGUCAAGAAGCUGGACAACCAGCUGAAGGAACGGCGACGCUUGAACGAGAUAUACAAGGAGUACAUGCGGGAGUGCGUAGAGCGAGACUAUGUGUUAGAGAAAAAGGCAGCCCAGAAGGAGUACGACGAGAAAUUGAUGGACCUCAAGGACAACCUGAUCUCGGACUUCGAAGACCGUAAGCGCCAGAUUGAAAACGAACGCUUCAGCCUCGAACUGACCAAUGAUUCGAUGGAAAUCAAGACGACGGUCACGCGCAAGCUGCGACGUCGACCAAACGAGCCGUUGCCGGUGAUCGAAAAACGCCGUAAACCAGCCACUGGGCAGCUGCUCGUCUACCAGCUAGAUGACAAGGAGAUCGAGUCAGACCUCAAGAUCAUCCAGCGGGGGAAACCUUUGGCACCCAAUGCAAUCCUGCAGCAAAACGGCAUCGGAUCCUAUGGUAGCGGCGGGCAGCAGCAACAACCGGUACACGGUCUACUCUCUGACCCACCUGCUAACAGCAGUUAUGUGGAAACUCGUAUUGAGGACAACAAGCUGCUGUACGAGCGUAGAUGGUUCUGUCGCGGCCAACAGGUCUAUGUUGAAGGAAAGGAGAUGAGUAAGUUUGCGGCCACAAUCACAGCCAUCGGCAACGAAGUGGUGUGGGUGAAACGAACGAACGAGACGAAGGUCAAGAUCAACAUGUCACAUUUGGCCAAAGGCAAGAUCUCGAUAAAGCGGCGAUAGCUCCGCCGUCGGGCAGGGCGCCUUCACAUCACGCCUGCCCCGCUACCUCGGUUGAGAGACGUAUUUUCAUAAAAUUAUUGGUACGAACGUAGCCGUAUAUUAGAUUUUAAAUAUUACACUUUACACUUUUCCUUAACGAAUAUUACAAAUUGUAAAUAAUGAAACAAUUAUUUUGUAUACAAGUAGAAUUUUAUUAAAUGAGUCACGAUUAACUUCCUGGACUCUUCUCUAUCAGUUGCAAUACCACAUUUAGUGGCUGAAAUGGGGUACUUUUACAUCAUAACCAGUAUCAAAGUGCUAAUAUUUAUUCUUCUGCGGGGCUCUGAUCCCGCCUGGUAAACCAGUUUUAAGUCCGCUUAUUCUUUUUGGUUAAUGUAAGCCAUCCACGAUGUAAUAUUUCCCCUUUCGGAGUGCUAUCUUUACUCUUUUUCUCAAAUACAAUGAGUUGCAUUUGUUUAGUGGCUGAAAAUGUCAUUAGAACGUGUUCAUACUUACUGUGCCUAACAAUGAUAUAAUUCAAAUGGGCUAAAAAUAUAAAUUAUGCGGCUAUUUUAGCGUCUUAAGAUGCAAUAGAUUAUCUUGUUUAGGAAAUUACAAAAAUAUGUAGUUUUGAUACACAUUUCUGUGAAUAACAGAUACGCCUAAACGUUUAACUUAAAAGUAAAUAGUUUGUUAAUAAGUGAAGAAACUGAAAAUUCAGCUCUAAAUAUAAAAAGAAAUUGUAACUUCGACUAAUACAUUUUAUUGAACAUAAAAAUCUUUAAGAAAAAAUAAAUGAUUAUAUGAAAAUGUAA